AUGACCGUGGCGGAUGGGUUCGACCUUAAGACCUUGUUCUUUAGUGCUACUGAAAAAGAUCUGCUACGAUACAGUUUCAUUGGCGAUCGAGUUAUCCUUUCUGUCUUCAUUAUUCUCUUCUCCCUAAUUGGACUGGUGGGGAAUGGGAAUCUCAUCAGGCUUCUUAGCUUCCAUAUUCAAAGAAAACCUUUGGCCAUCUACAUCCUGAACUUGGCCGUGGCUGACUUUGGAUCCCUCGCAUUUCUGCUUCCAGUAGAUCUAUGUUUCAACCCACCAUCUUUCGGUGACUAUCUUGAAUGUCCUGCCGGUCUUGGAAGCCUUUUGAUUAGUCUCUUCCUAUCGACGUACAGCAGUUGUCCGCUUCUCCUGACAGCCAUUAGCAUUGACAGAUGGGUGUCUGUCUUCUUCCCAAAUUGGUACCGACGCCACCGGUCACCAGCAUUGUCCACCACCGUGUGCGCCUUCGCAUGGGCUCUCUCUUUUGCCCUCGUUGGAGUGCCCUCUUUUUUGUUAUUAAUGGACUUGUUACCAGAUGAUUACGAAACUAUACUACUUUUGGGUCACAUUCUGACGAAUUUGAUUUGUGUCUUACUUGUGAUCAUCUCCACUCUGACCCUGCUCAUCAAAGUCUGCUUGAAAUCGCCAAGGUGUCGGUGUGGGAAUCUUUUGAAAGCGAUCUUGCUUGUUCUUCUCUCCUUCCUCUUGUUUGUUAUUCUGAUGUAUGUCUCUUUUUUCAUGUUUGCCGACGAUAUCGCAAUAUACGUUGGCUUAUGGACCUCUCUAAAGAGUAGUAUCAAUCCACUGAUUUAUUUCUUGGCUGGGAGACAGAACGGCGGCACCUUUCAGGAGAGAAUGAAGGCGAUCCUCCAGAGGGUUUUCAAGGAGGAGAGAGACACCAGGAUGGAACGACAACCACACGCCCAAACAAUGUUGUGA